AUGAGUGAUAUAGACGAUUUACUCGACGAUAUUGAGGCUAAUCUAAGAAAAAAAUCAAAUUUAAAACAAGCUGAAAAGAAAAAAAAUGUUGCACAUAGCGAUGAUCUUAUCAACGAUCUUGAUGUUUUUGAUUUAAAACUUGAUAAUCAGCAACGAUUACCAAAAAACAAGAAUCCUUUGGUAUCAUCGUCUACUACCACAAAUAAUGAACAAAAAUUGAAAUGUUUUCCAAUUUAUCUAUCUGGUACAUCAACGGAACAGAACAAAGAAGAACAUACCUGCAACAAUUUACGUUGUAUACAAUGUGAUUUUGAUGUUCUUAGAUUCAAUGAUUCUGAGUGGACGUCAAAUGUAGACUAUUUAUUUUUCCGAAAUCACAUGCCAGAUAAAAAAGCUCUGAAGCAACGUUUGAGAACUAAGCAGGGUUGUACCGCAUAUGCAUGCCAAUGUCAAUGGAUAAAUAUCAACAGUUUGACAAAUAUAACAGCUCAAUACAAAGAAUUAAAGUGGAGUUGUAUGAAACAUUAA